CAGGAAACUCAGGAAAAAUGUGAGCCAUGCUUUGGUGCAGAUGUGACCUCCUCUUGAUUCUCUGCAUCGGUCCUGUAACCUGCCUUGUGGUGUCUCCCUGUCCUCCUGGCUGCUGCUGUCCUCGCCCAGGAUUUUUGGUCUUGUGUGAGUCCCUUGGUCUCCGCUCCCUCCCUCGCUCAGUCCCCCUCAGUACCUCGGCUCUGUCUGUGGCCAGAAACCAGCUCUGCAAUGUGGACAACCUGCUCCGGCCUUUCUCUGGUCUGCAGGAGCUGAGCCUUAGCCACAACCUGCUGGCCCGCUUCCCUCGCGGCCUACCUCCCAGCCUGGCGUCCCUACUGCUGCAAGAAAACCGCAUCACUUACAUCACCUCCGGUGCGCUGCGACACCUGGGGAACCUCACCCGCCUGGAUCUUGAGGACAACCGCAUCCGUGCCAUCCAGCCUGGAGCACUCAAAGGUCUUAACAAGCUGCAGGUCCUGACCCUGAAGGGGAACGAGCUUACAACCCUUCCUUUAAAUCUUCCUCCAUCACUCACCAACUUAGACCUCUCUGCAAACUGCAUCUCUGUUCUAGACCUGCCCUCACUGUCUGCUCUGGUCAACCUGCAGGUCCUCAAGAUCAAUAGCAACUGCCUGCGAUCAGUCCCAGAGAGGGCCUUUGACAGCCUGCCUCGUCUCAGGUCUGUGGACCUCACAAACAACCUGUGGGUGUGUGAGUGUGAUAUUCUGUAUCUCUACCGCUGGCUGCUGAAUGGCAGGAUGAAGAUGGCGACAGACCUGGUGUGCAGCGAGCCCAUCCAUCUCGCUCACCGUCUGCUUCUUAACCUUUCCAUUAUGGCCAUCUGUCCCCGAGUCCUUACACCCAAUGAGAGGACACAGCAGCUGUAUAUCAACUUAUCUGCCUCAGAGCGAAUGCUGGAGAUGCUGACAGUGAAGCCCACAGGAGUAAAACCUUUUAAAAAUAACAUUUCAGAGAAAAUGUCACAAAGAAUCACUUCCAGUUUCCUCUCAAAGGAUAUCCCCAAAACUCGUGUUCUACUUGACCACUUCUCUUUAGAGACCCUCACCUAUGAGGACUGUUUGUCUCUGAAUAAAACACCCACAGCUAGCCCCCCUCUUUUAAAAACUCUUUCCUCUCUUCCAACAGACGUGCAGAAAUGCAAGGACAACAUCACAGCUCGGUACUCUCAGAUUAAUACAACCUCUGCAGGAGAAACUCCACCUUUUCUUUCCACUAACAGAGAUGCAGUCUGGCCCACUCCCAACCCAGGACCCCUUGUACAGCAAGACUCUUCAGUGGUCAUCACUCUGCUCGCUGUGUUAUGUGUGUUGGUUUCUCUCCUUAUUCUUGCAGUGCUGUUUGUACUGAAAAAGGUUCUUCUGCAGCGGCAGAGAGUGGCUCCCCUGGAUGUAGGAUCAGGUGGAUGACAUCAGCACAGACACAGUGGAAAUGAUUGUAACAGUUCAAUUUAACAACAAUCACAGUCUCAUACAGUUGUCUGUAUCAUGCUUUUGUACAAGUGUUUCAGCGGUUGACUGAACUGCUUUUUUACAGAAUGCUCCACAAGGGCCCAGAGAUGUUUUACAAUCAAGCCAAAUAAAGUUUUAAUGCCAAAAUAUAUAAAACCACAACCAAACCAAUAGUUUCUGAUUCAUGAUGUGUAUUUUUUUAAUGAGCAGAGAAACAAAAGAAGGAACAAUGUUUUUAAUUGUAGGUUAUAUUGUCUUAAAUGAAACAUGGACUACAUAAUCAGCAUGAAUUAAGAAAAUACUCCUGAUCAUAUGAAAAAAAAGAAACCCCUGGCACUUUGACAAUGUUUAUCUCUAAUAAGAUUUUUUAAGGGUCAAAACACUCCCAGACAUCUGAUGUAAUAUUAUUGUAACUAUUCUUCCAAACAUCAAAGCGGUGAAGUAUUAUCGGGCAGGUGCAGAGAAGUGACUGUCUCAGCUUCUUCAAAACAACAUAUUAAUUUGUAGCUUUUGCACGUCCAUCCUUCUUGUCCUGU